UAUCUGCUCGUCGUCGUCGUCAUCAUCAUUGUACCACCGGACCAUACAGCGCACGGAAACACUAGCUCGCGUCGCGUACUCGCGCCCAUGGCUGGUUAGACACCCCAGAAGCGAAGCAAAGCAAAGCAAAGCGAGCGAGCCAAACCCCACGACGCCAGCCUGCCCAGCCUCGCGACCGGACCACGCUUCACUCGAGUGGACCUGGACUCCGCCGCCUCCCCCUCCCCGGAAAAGCUGAAGCAAACAAACGCAAACGGCCUCAUCCCAUCACAUGAUUCCCAGCUCCCACCUCACCGCCGCAUCGCGUCACCGCAAUCUUCUGCUUCGCGGGCCGUGAGGGAUGAGCCUCCGCCGCAACCGCCGCGCCGCCGCCGCCGCCGCCGCGGCGGCGGCGGCGGCGGCGGGAGGAGGAGGGGGUUACCCGGAGCCGGCGGCGUACAACAUCAUCCCGAUCCACGACGUGGUGAUGCACGGGGAGCACCCGUCGCUGCGGUUCCCGGAGGUGCGCGCGGCCGUGGAGGCGCUGGCGCACGCUGAGGACCUGCCGGCGCCGCCGCUCGCCCGCGCGUGGGACGCCUUCCGCGCCGACCUCUUCGACUGGCUCGGCGCCACCUUCGGCUUCCAGCUCCACAACGUCCGCAACCAGCGGGAGCACCUCGUGCUCCUCCUCGCCAACGCGCAGCUCCGCGCGGGCGGGACCCUCCCCCUGGACCACCCCGCCGACGUGCUGCACCACUCCAUCGCGCGCGGCAUCCGGAAGAAGCUCCUCAAGAACUACACGUCCUGGUGCUCGUACCUCGGCAAGAGGCCGCAUGUCUAUGUGCCCGGCGCCGGCCGCCGCGUUCAGGGGGUCGGCCCGGACACUCGCCGCGACCUACUGUACACCGCUAUGUACCUCCUCAUCUGGGGGGAGGCGGCCAAUUUGAGGUUCAUGCCCGAGUGCCUCUGCUACAUCUUCCACUACAUGGCGCUCGACCUCAAUCAUGUCAUCGACCAGUCGAUUGAUGUCGAGACAGGGAGGCCAUCCAUUCCUGCGGUGCAUGGUGAGGAUGCUUUCCUUGAGAAGGUCGUGACGCCAAUUUAUAAUGUGCUCAAGGCCGAGGUGGAGUUUAGCCGGAAUGGGACCAAACCUCACUCGGCCUGGAGGAAUUAUGAUGAUGUGAAUGAGUACUUCUGGAGCCGCAGAGUUUUCAAGCGGCUCCAGUGGCCCCUAUCUCCGGCGAGGAGUUUCUUUAUACAGCCAGGAAAUGCUGGGCGUAUUGGCAAGACUGGUUUUGUUGAGCAGAGGUCAUUCUGGAAUGUUUACCGUAGCUUUGAUCGGGUAUGGGUGAUGCUCAUUCUGUUCUUUCAAGCAGCUAUGAUUGUUGCAUGGGACGGUCGCACUCCUUGGGAUAGCCUUCGCUUCCGUGACAUCCAGGUCCGGGUGCUGUCUGUGUUCAUCACCUGGGCUGCGCUGCGCAUUGUGCAGGCUGUGCUUGAUGCAGGAACACAGUACAGUCUUGUGAGGCGGGAGACUGCAUUGCUCGCUGUCCGGAUGGUGCUCAAGGUGUUUGUGGCAGUUGGGUGGACUAUCACAUUCAUUGUGCUCUAUGUUCGAAUGUGGGAUCAGAGGUGGCGUGAUCGCAGGUGGUCUUUUGCUGCCAAUUCAAGGGUGUUGAACUACCUGGAGGCAGCUGCUGUGUUUAUCAUCCCACAGGUGCUUGCACUUGUGCUCUUCAUCGUCCCAUGGAUUCGGAAUUUUCUGGAGAAAACCAACUGGCGAAUUCUAUAUGUUCUCACCUGGUGGUUCCAGACCCGAACAUUUGUUGGGCGUGGUGUGAGGGAGGGACUCAUUGAUAACAUCAAAUAUACCACAUUCUGGGUGUGCCUUCUCACUGCUAAGUUCAUGUUCAGUUACUUUCUCCAGAUUAAGCCGAUGGUGGGGCCAACAAAGACAAUUCUCAGCCUCCAUGACAUCCGGCGUAACUGGUUUGAGUUUAUGCCUCACACAGAGCGGAUUGCUGUAAUCUUGCUGUGGAUUCCAGUUGUCCUUAUUUAUCUCAUGGAUAUUCAGAUAUGGUAUGCAGUCUUCUCAUCACUUACGGGGGCACUUAUUGGGCUGUUCUCACAUCUGGGGGAGAUUCGCAGUGUUGAGCAGCUGCGCUUGAGGUUCCAGUUCUUUGCAAGUGCGAUGCAGUUCAAUUUGAUGCCAGAGGAGCACCUGGAUGCUCAGCGUGGUGGCCUCCGAAGCAAGCUGUAUGAUGCAAUCAAUCGUCUGAAGCUGAGAUAUGGCUUUGGUCGUCCAUAUCGGAAGAUUGAAGCUAAUGAGGUGGAAGCUAAGAGGUUUGCCCUGAUAUGGAAUGAAAUUAUUCAGACAUUUAGAGAAGAGGACAUCAUUAGUGACAAGGAAGUUGAGCUUCUUGAGCUGCCACCAGUUGUGUGGAAAAUUCGUGUGGUACGGUGGCCAUGCUUCCUGCUAAAUAAUGAGCUGCUUCUUGCUCUCAGUCAGGCAAAAGAGCUGGUAGCUGAUGACAGGACACACUGGGCAAGGAUAUGUAACAAUGAGUACAGGCGAUGUGCUGUCAUUGAAGCUUAUGACAGUAUACGUCACUUACUACUGGAGAUAAUUGAGGAGAGAACUGUUGAGCACAUUAUAGUCAGUCAGCUGUUCCUUGCAUUUGAUGCUGAAAUGGAUAAUGGGAAAUUUUCUGAAGAAUAUAAGCUAGAGCUGUUACCUGAAAUCCAUUCAUCUGUAAUCACCUUAGUGGAACUGUUGCUGAAGGAGAAGAAGGAUCAGACCAAGAUAGUUAAUACCUUGCAGACGCUUUAUGUCUUUGCAAUUCAUGAUUUUCCAAAGAAAAAGAAGGACAUGGAACAGCUGAGGCAAGCAAAGCUAGCACCAUCAAAGCCAGAGGAAUCCAGUCUCCUCUUUGAGGAUGUCAUAAAAUGCCCCAGCAAUGAUGAUGUUAGCUUCUACAAACAGGUGAGGCGCCUCCAUACAAUUCUCACAUCCAGGGAUUCUAUGAACAAUGUCCCAAAGAAUCCUGAGGCCCGACAGCGUAUAACUUUCUUCAGCAACUCUCUAUUCAUGAAUAUGCCUCGUGCUCCAACAGUUGAGAAGAUGAUGGCAUUCAGUGUUUUAACCCCAUACUACAAUGAGGAUGUGAUGUACAACAGGGACCAGCUUCGUCGUGAGAAUGAAGAUGGUGUCUCGAUUUUGUUUUAUCUCCAAAAGAUCUAUGAAGACGAUUGGUGGAACUUUUUAGAACGUAUGCGGAGGGAAGGAAUGACUAAUGAUGAUGAAAUUUGGACUGUGAAAUAUCAGGAGCUUCGACUUUGGGCCUCGUAUAGAGGCCAGACCUUAGCACGGACUGUUAGGGGAAUGAUGUAUUACCACAGGGCUCUCAAGAUGCUUGCUUUUCUUGAUACUGCCUCUGAGGUAGACAUUACAGAGGGGACGAAACAUCUUGCAUCCUUUGGUUCAAUUAGGCAUGAGAAUGAUGUGUAUCCCAUGAAUGGUGGUUUGCAGCAACGACGGCAGAGGAGGUUAGACAGAGGAACCAGUACUGUAAGCCAAUUGUUCAAAGGCCAGGAAGAUGGUGCUGCUCUCAUGAAGUACACCUAUGUGGUCGCUUGCCAGAUAUAUGGAAACCAGAAAAUUGCUAGAGAUCAACGUGCUGAAGAUAUUUUGACUCUCAUGAAGAAAAAUGAGGCACUCCGAGUUGCUUAUGUUGAUGAGGUCCAUCACCAGGGCUAUACUCAAUACUAUUCUGUCCUGGUAAAGUUUGACCAGAGCUUGCAUAGGGAGGUUGAGAUAUACCGGAUUAGGUUACCAGGUCCGCUGAGGCUUGGGGAAGGAAAGCCUGAAAACCAGAAUCAUGCUAUUAUAUUCACAAGAGGAGAUGCAGUUCAAACAAUUGACAUGAACCAGGAUAAUUAUUUUGAGGAGGCACUUAAAAUGCGUAACCUGUUAGAGCAGUACAACUAUUAUCAUGGGAGCAGAAAACCAACACUUCUGGGAGUUCGAGAGCAUGUUUUCACUGGAUCCGUAUCUUCACUUGCUUGGUUCAUGUCUGCACAGGAGACAAGCUUCGUUACCCUUGGUCAGCGGGUCCUAGCUAAUCCAUUGAAGGUUCGGAUGCAUUAUGGGCAUCCUGAUGUAUUUGAUCGUCUUUGGUUUUUGACUCGGGGUGGUUUAAGUAAGGCAUCAAGAGUGAUCAAUAUCAGCGAGGACAUAUUCGCUGGUUUCAACUGUACCCUGCGUGGUGGCAAUGUUAGUCACCAUGAAUAUAUUCAGGUCGGUAAGGGCCGUGAUGUUGGCCUCAAUCAGAUAUCAAUGUUCGAAGCAAAGGUUUCCAGUGGCAAUGGUGAGCAGACCCUUAGUAGGGAUAUCUACAGACUUGGUCAUAGACUGGAUUUCUUCCGGAUGCUCUCUGUGUUUUAUACAACAGUAGGGUUCUACUUCAACACAAUGCUGGUGGUCUUGACAGUUUACACAUUUGUUUGGGGACGCCUGUAUCUAGCUCUCAGUGGUCUUGAGGCUGGUAUUCAGGGCAGUGCUAAUUCAACCAACAACAAAGCCUUGGGUACUGUGCUUAAUCAACAAUUCAUCAUACAAAUUGGCCUCUUCACUGCCUUGCCAAUGAUUAUAGAAAACUCUCUUGAACAAGGUUUUCUACCUGCUAUCUGGGAUUUUUUCACAAUGCAAAUGAAUUUUUCAUCUCUGUUCUACACAUUUUCCAUGGGAACGAAGAGCCAUUACUAUGGCCGGACAAUCCUUCAUGGCGGUGCAAAGUACCGUGCUACUGGUCGUGGUUUUGUUGUGCAACACAAGAGUUUUGCUGAAAAUUACAGGCUUUAUGCUAGGAGCCACUUUAUAAAGGCAAUAGAACUUGGAAUAAUAUUGACUGUGUAUGCUGCUCACAGUGUUAUUGCCAGGAAUACACUUGUUUACAUAGUCAUGAAUAUAUCUAGCUGGUUUCUGGUGGUAUCAUGGAUUAUGGCUCCAUUUGCCUUUAAUCCGUCUGGUUUUGACUGGCUGAAAACAGUGUACGAUUUUGACGAUUUCAUGAACUGGAUCUGGUAUCCUGGUGGUCUCUUUUCUAAGCCUGAGCAGAGCUGGGAAGUGUGGUGGUAUGAGGAGCAAGAUCAUCUACGGACCACUGGUCUUUGGGGAAAGAUUUUGGAAAUACUGUUAGAUCUCAGGUACUUCUUUUUCCAGUAUGGGGUUGUAUACCAGCUGAAGAUAGCAAACAAUAGCAGAAGUAUUGCUGUUUAUCUGCUUUCCUGGAUAUGUGUGGCUGUGAUUUUUGGUGUGUUUGUCCUAAUGUCCUAUGCUCGAGACAAGUAUGCAGCAAAGCAUCACCUUUACUACAGGCUUGUCCAAACUGCCGUCAUCAUUCUUGUGGUGCUCGUGCUGGUAAUAUUUCUGAAGUUCACAAAAUUUGAAAUCAUUGACAUCUUCACUAGUCUUUUGGCAUUCAUUCCUACUGGUUGGGGCUUGAUUUCAAUCGCUCAAGUAAUUCGGCCAUUUAUCGAAUCCACUGUGGUAUGGAACAGUGUUAUUUCUGUGGCACGUUUAUAUGAGAUACUACUUGGGGUGCUCGUUAUGGCUCCAGUUGCGUUGUUGUCCUGGUUGCCGGGAUUUCAAGAGAUGCAGACAAGGGUACUUUUCAAUGAAGGUUUCAGCAGGGGCCUCCAGAUAUCCCGCAUUCUUACUGGCAAAAAAGCGAAUACAGCUUGAGGUAUCUAACCGGAUUGUUGCGGAUUCGUGGCAUAGCAGUGCUCCAUCUCCUAUGUACAGCUUCCUGAUUCAAUAUGGAAGGGCUUUCUGCUUACUGAUAUAGCUUAGAUCCAUAUUGAACUAUUUUGGUAGCUUCAGCUAUCUAGUUUAGGUGUCCAGAUUUGUGCUUUUGGCAAUGUAGGUCUUCAUUUUUUGUACAUUGGUAGAGCUAGUUGUGUGUAGCUGAUUCCGUUGCAGCACCACCGGUGAGCUCUGGUGAAUUAUUUGUUGGCCUAGCCAGAUGGUUCCAUCUUUUUGUGCUAGAAAAUGGUGUGUGUGAAUGAUAAUGCUUGGCUGAAGGUACAGAAGGUGCCAAAUCUACACAGCUAUCGUAUUUAUCGUCCC